AUGAAUGACGUGAAUAAAAAAUUAAAAGACCACGCAGAUCAAAUUGAUAAAUUUGCACAGAUAGUUGCCAGCCAAUUUAAAGAGAUUUCUGUUUUACAAAAAGAAGAAAAGAAAAACGUUGCUAACUGCACACAAGAACUUCAUAAACUAAAGACAAUGAUAAGGUAUUAUAAAAUUGACUUCGUUCUUGCAUCUUUAGAUUAUAAAUCAAAUGGCGUGCGAGAAGUCAGUAAUCGAGUAUGCAAGCCUUACUUCUGUCAAAUCCACCUAAACAACAACACACCAGUAACGACUGGAGAAAUUAUUUCUACGUUCUAUGGCGUUAAGGAACAUAACGGCAGCCAUUUCAAUAGAUCAACAGGAAAACUUGUAGCACCAGAUGACGGUUUUUAUUUAGUUAUUGUAACGUUAAAGGAGAAAGAAGAUAAACGGAUUGCAGUGAGCGUCUUCAGUGGAGAAAUAUUACAAAAAGAUUUUUUUGUAAAAUCAGCUUUUACUUCGGCUUCUGGAUCAACCAUUGUUGCAAUGAAGAAAGGGGAAGAGCUAUAUUUUAAAGUAACUGGAGCAGAUGAUGAAGCCAUGCUACACGCAGCCAGUGGCUUCUCUAUUGUCAGACUGUAAAACUGAGUUCUUGUGUAAAUCUUGUGCUAACUAUGAGGCGAACUUUGCCUUUUUAUUUUGAUGUUACAUUAUUGAUGUAGAAAACAAUUUAGACCGUAAUGCCAGGUGGCAGUCAACAUUCUUAAUUUCAACUGUAUAUAAUUAGCUAUUUUAUAUUAUUAUCUACUUAUCUAUCUAUGUAAUAUUAGCGCCCCUGUGGGUCGCGCCUGUGGCGGCCGCUCCAUCCACGCUCCCAGCCACACCUCUGUUAAUAUAAUAAGAUAAUUAUUGUAUUCAUUAAUGUAAUUCUUUUA